AGUAAUGAUGUCUAAAGACAUUGGCUCAUCACAAAACUAACUAAAUUUUAAAUUUUUUUGCAAAUGGUUUCUUUUCAUACAUUCAGCCAGGAAGUACAGUGAGUUGUCUGCAGUGCACCGCCACUGAAGCCACACAUUCUUUUAUCAGUCCACAAACUAUCUCACGCAUCAUGUGGUGUAUAAAUGUGAAUGUGCAGCAAAGUAGUGGUUCCCAUCAUUUUUAAAUGAAAUCUCCACUUAUUCACACUCCCUAUAGUAUGCAUGCAUCUUCUUGCGAUUCUCCAUUAACACCUGGAUUGAUCUUUGGCUGUCCUUGGGAUUCUUGGGGAUUGUAUGUAGCUCCUUGGAUGAUGCAGCAAGCAUUAUUCUUACUUUCAGGGCAAUUUCCAACUAAAUGCUCUCAGUAUUAUUCAAGCUUCAAGGAUCGCCUGUGAUCUUUGGUACCCAACAGCCCACCCCCUUCUAACCAGCCAUGAGGAUCCUUCAUCCCAAGUUGGGAACCACAUACACUACAAUGCACAAACAAGCCAUUCUUCCAUCAAUGAACUUUUUUGAGUGUACUAAUUUAACAAAUCUAUACUGAAGGGGGAAAUACAGCAGAAAAUAUUGGAAACACUCAUCAGAUCAAGGGGUAUCUGUGGAAAAAGAACAUAACUACUAUUUCAGGACUAAAGUUAGACAAUGCAUUCCAGAAAAAAAAUGUAAGUAAUCUGAUAAUAUUUUGAAUGAAAGCUUUGAUUCCUAAUAUGGUUUUAUCAGGUCAAAGAUCCAAUGUUUCCAAAACAUUUCGUGACAAGUUUAAGCAAUACCUGGAGAAAAAUCAAUCGAUUAAAAAUGAACAAUAGUGGCCCGGGCAUUUAAAUUUGAAUCGAUAAUUAUGAGACAAAUUCGCAUUUUCAUUAAUUUCAGGUAAUUAUUAUCUUUGGCUAAUAUUAAGGGAGGAAAAUAAACUUUCAUUUUUAAGUAGCGCCGUUCACUACGCCAAGGCGCGAGAAUUUGCACACAAUGGUUUCCAAUAUUACAACAAUGUCUAGGCUUGAAAAGUAUUUCCGUAGUUGCAAAGGACAUUAACACUCCCUGUGGUCACGAUAAAUGCGUUCUCCCCCAAAUUAAGACUUCGCCAGUUAUUGACUGAUUGCUUUAAUUUGUGUUCGAAGUUCUCUAUCCGAACACAAUCAGAGUCCCCGAGAAAGUCUGUGAGUUGUCCCAAAGUUUAAUGCUGCAUGAUUCAUGUGGAAGUUUAGUAGUUCUACGAUCUGAUCUGUUCAUCGCACUAAUUCCUUUCAAUUUGUGGCAGUCACUUUCCCGCUUCUCGCUGGCGUUUCCAGCGCCUUAUCCUAACGGCCAGCAAGUGGAACCUGAUGUCACGGAACAAACUCAGGCUCCGUCCGGCGUGAAGCUUACCGGGUUGAGUGCUGGACGGCGAAAGUCAGUAGUCGGCACUGCAUUUUGUCGUGUACCACUUCCUGUCAAGGUAGGCUAACAAGCGAUCGCAAAUGAAAGUGAUCAAUGCCAGCACUCACAGGUUUAGCAUUUGGAGCAAAGACAACAAUCCAUAUCCUUGCAUUCCCUCCUGGAACCCUGUCGAUAGUGGCAGCGCAGGACCAAGCGGGAGGAGUUGAGCCGUCGGGCCCCGCCCUCCAGCUCCGUGACUGACAGGUCGGCAGCGUGACUGCGCAGUGAGGCCUGGUUUGAAAGAAUGGCGUUGAAAGCGACGGAGGAGUGGGUGAGGCGCAGAGUGGCUUUGGAGGAGGAGCGGCUGGCGGAUGUACGAUCUUUGUUCCUGCCAGGAAGUUGUGAAGAAAAGAUCACGCAUCUUGGCAAGUCUCUCAAGAACUUUACACGCCUUAAAUUACUUGAUCUAUCCCGUAAUUCUUUGAUUUCAUUAGAGGGGAUUCAGCACUUGGUUCAUCUGGAAAAGCUCAACCUAUAUUAUAACAAUAUAGCAGAUUUGAAAGAGAUUUUCCUCCUUCGUAACCUGGAUAAUUUGAAAGAACUCGACUUGAGACUGAAUCCUGUGUCCAAAAAUGAAUCGGACUAUCGGCUUUUUGUUGUGCACAUGCUUCCCAAUCUUAGAGAGUUAGACGAUCGACCAAUUAGAGACAGUGAGCGGAAAGCAGCAUUGAUGCACUUCAGUACGGAUCAGGCACAUGAGUUCCAUGAAUAUCCUGCUCAGGAAGCGGAAAAUGUAAGGCCCAGGCACCCAAGGGCAGAGUUUGUGGGCUCAUUGGCAAAGAAAUACUCAGAACUUGAUAAAGAUGAUGAAGCUGUUUUGAACCUCAUUGCAAAGUGUAACUGGAACAUGAAUGCACCUGCGAGAAUCACAGGUUCGGUGAAGAGUAUUCCUGAGGCCGAGUUGCAUAACAUGCAAGGUAUUCACGAGAUUGCCGAUGCAAGAAGUCAAGAAUCUGCAGUAAGAAAUACCUCACAAGCAACCAGGUCCUGGCCGGUCAUCACUCCUAAGGCUGUCAUGAAUUCACAAAAGAAAAUAUCUGUAGAAUGUCAAGAACCUAGUGAAGACAAUCAGUCAUUACCCAAUGAUUCCUGUCCACGAACUUGUACCAUAGCUUGCAAUACAGAUGCCACUGCACGAGCUGGUCGAGUAACAUUUGCAGAUGAAAAAUCACGAAAGUUUUCUGCAGGGGACCUCAACUUGAAAUUUCAAGAUGAGGCUGAGGCCUACCACAGGGUCACCUCCCGCCCUCACUUCACCCCACACCCAGGCUCCACACGUAAUCCUUCUGCAGCAGAGCAUCCACCUCCUAGAUCAUCAGCAUCUUGCACUUCCACUGGUGUCAUGCCAGCCACUGAUGUGAAUGAAGAGAAGCAGAAGGGUGGGGACCAACCUGCCAGAAUGUCGCAUAAUCACCCCACAGCCGUGCUGAAGCUACAUGGUGGACAUCCCACCACAGCCCCGACUGCAACAACUUCCUUCCGCUGCCAAGUGGAGGAGCCGCAUCUCAAGAGGCCACUUGUACCUCAGAGAUCUUGUGGUCCUGAGCUGAGGGGCAGUGAUGCUAGCAAUAGAUGCUAUGAGAAAGUUCAGUCAGUACCUUGUGAAACACUCGCAAUGGAUUGUCCAGCAGUUGAUCAAAACGUCUUUAAUCCAAGCUUCAUGAAAAGUUUGCUAGAUCUUGUUGACAGAUACUGGAAUGGAUUUAAGUCACUUCAUUGUAAUGAAAAAUUUCUGUAUCAGGCAGGGAAAAUAAUGUCAGCCUUGCAGGAGGACAUGUUGAUCAAAAACUCAUCAGAAGAAAUAAGUAUGUUUCAAGAUGAAGCAAACAAUUUGAAAUCAGAGAUAAAAUCUUUGGAAAACUGUCUUUGCCAGCAAAAACAGCAGUAUACUGAUGAACUUCAAUCACUCUCACUGCAGCUAACUCAAGCUCAAAGAGAUAUGGAAGUCAUGAAGAAUCAUUUAAAUCAAACUGUGGAUGAGAAAAAUCAACUACAAAAUCUUCUGAUAAAACUAGAACAAAAAGCACAUAAUGCUUCCAAUUCCACAAGCCAACAAGUUGAAGAUCUGCAGAAACACAACCAGCAAUUGUGUUGCGAGAUUGAUAGUCUCAAGCAUCAGACCCAGUGUUACAUCAAAAUCCAGGAACUGACUGAUAAGCUCCAGGAAAGCCACAGGGCCCUGGUAUGCACAAACGAACAUCUGCUGAGAGAGCUAAAUGAAAUGCGAGCCCGACACAAGGCAGAAGUGGACCAGCUGCACUGGAGCUACAUUCAGCUCAAAAAAACCAUAGAGAAGCCAACCCACAAUGUGACUAUCACUGGCUGCACAUCCUCAGGCAGAGACAUGGAAAAUCGGAGACGCUGAAAGAAACACAACAUUUCUGUGAAAUGGGCUAGGGAAAACAAAUUACAAGGAGCCUGUGUGAAAUCACUGUUUACUGACCGUACUUCCCCUUACGUCAAUAUAAAGUUUGAUUGCUCAUAGCAAGAUACGUGUUAACUGUGUUUAAAGUACAUGUACCAAAGAUAGAAACUUAACAAAUUUCCUUAAUCAACAAGGCCUCAGAGAUUUGUAAUUCAUCACUUUGUUCCUUUUUGUAGUUUUCCCUCCACUUUGUUCCAAGUGCCCUAUAGUCUAUUAGACUAGAUGAGUAUGUCAUCAGUCUGUAACAGUGACAGUGGAGGAACAUGUAGCUGAGAUUCUAGAUGGGUUAGAAACUGACAGAGAAAGUACUGAAAAAGGGAGCUACACUUAAAAUGGAUAAAUCACCUAGUCCCAAAAUAGGAUGCAGCCUAAGGUUGCUGAAGGAGGGGAGGAAAUUUCAGAGUUACUCGACAUAAUCCCACAAAUUCAGAGGCAGUGCUUGGAGACUGGAAAAUUGCAAAUGUUAUACCCUUGUUCAAAUAAAUGGUGUAGUAAAUAAAUCCGGUAACUACGUACCAUUGAGCUCAACCUUAAUGGUGGGGAAAAGUUCAAAAAUGAUAAUCAGGGGAAGAAUAAGUUACUUGCACAAAAGUGGAUUGAUAAAGGAAAGUCAGCAUCAACUUGUUAAAAAUGAAUUGUCUAAAUAACCUUGUACCACUUCAUUAACAAACUAAGGGGUGUCCAGGAAAAUGUGGUUGAUAUACUAUAUAUGGACUUCAAAAGACAUUGAAAAGGUACCAUAUAUUAGACUUGUCUUCAAGAGUGAAGGUCAUGUAUGGAAUCACAGGGUUUGUGGCAGUAUGAAUAGAAAAUUGGUUAGGUAACAAGAAAUAGUGAGAGAUUUUUUUUUUGGAGUGGAGGGAAGUGUACAGUGGAGUUUCCCAGGGCUUUGUACUUGGACCACUUGUAUAUGGGUACAAUUUCCAAACUGUGAUAGGCUUCAGGGAGAUGUAGACUAUCUGGUGGAAUUGGUAGAUAUGUGGCAGAAGCAGUUUAAUUCUGCAAAAUAUGAAGUAUUACUUCUUGGAGGAUUGAGAAGAGGCAACAUAACCUCAAUUCUAAAAACAGUGCAAGAACAGAGACUUGGGGAUUUAUGUGCAUAAUUUGUUAAAAGUGGCAGGGCAGGUUCUAAAAGGUGGUUUCUUAAAAAUAAAAGCAUACAAAAUCCUGCACUUAAUAAAUAGAGGCAUAGCAUACAAGAACAAGUUUUGAUGAAUCUUUAUAAAACACCGGUUUGGCCAAAACUGAAGUAUUAUGUUCAGUUCGCCAUGCUUUAGGAAAGUUGUUGAAAAGAGGAAAGAUUGGGUUCAAAAUGACUCCAGGGAAAAGGGACUUUAGUUUUGGAGAUCGACUGAAGAACAGAGGAGGUAGAGAGGAAUCUGAUAUUUAAAAUCAUUAAGUGUAGCUCAAGAAAAACUGUUCCCAUUGGUGGAGGAGUCAAGUACGAAGAGAAAUAGAAUAAAGAUGUGUGGCUAAAGAACCAAAACAGUGACAAGAGGAUCUCUAUUUUUUGUUGUAUACACACAGCACAUGAUUAAAGGCCUGUGUGCAGCGCUUGUGAUGGAAGUGGAGACAGUUUCAGUUGCAUUGUGCAAAAGGGAACAAAGUAAGUAUCAGAAAGGAAAGAAUUUGCAGGGAUAUGGGUAAGGGGUAGGAGAGCGGAACUAGCUCGAUUACUCCAAUUUCGAGCCUAUUCAGACUUGAUGGAACCACAUGGCCUCCUUUGGUGGUGUAACAAUUCUGUAAUUUCAUUGCAGUCCUCUAGAAACAAGUCAUAUUACAAUUCAACUUAUUCUGAAUGCUUAAAAUAUACUUCCUUUCAUAUCCUCUCAAAUGUGCACUUUAAGUAUUUUACUGGCACUCAAAUAUUUUGAAAUUACAAUACAUCUUUGUCUAUAUUGGUAUACUCUACAUUGAUACAUUAAUUCUGUGCAGCAGGCACAUUUCAUUAGUAAUUUACAAUUGCUUGAAAUUCCUUAGUUAUUUUAAAGUAACUUGAGUUUUUGCUACUACAAUGAACAAUGUGCAGUAAACCCAUUUAUGUCUUGAAGUGCAAGAUAAAAAUGUUUUUGCUUUUAUUUCAGUGUAUAUUUUAUACACAGUGAAUAUGUUAGUAUUCAUAGAACUUGGUUUGGUUGAAGAUUGGCAGAAAUUGAUUUUAAGUUCAUGCUUAAUAUUCUCAUCACAUCAAUAUGUCUCCUGCAAUUAUUCAACAAUAUUUAGAGGAAAAUAGUCAUUUAAAUAGGAUGAAGGGGAGAAGAAAGUUUAAAAUUACCUGUUAUACAUUAAGUUGGGCCUCUGCAGCAGACAAAUGGAAACUCAACAGUGGUGAUUUGUAAGUGAAAAACAAAUAUCUCUCUCUCUCUCUCCUUCCCUAUCCAGCUACUUAAUAUAAUCUUUCUAUAUUAGCCAUCCUGCUCUCUCAUGUAACUUUCCAAUAGGAGCUCUUAGCUAACUCAUAACCUUCCUGUAGAUAACCCUUAUUGUAUUCCUAGCAUUUGGCUAACUCAUAAAUUUCCCAAUGAAAAGUUAUUAAAAUUUAACACACAGUAUUUACCUAUCCUAUACAUGAUUGCACUAUAGGAAGGAAUAUUGUUUAUAUUGUUUGCAUAAAGUAUAGUGCCAGUAACCUCCAAAGUCUAAAUCCUCAGUUCCUAUGAGUGUAACUGAUGUUGUUGAAAAAAUUUCUACGGUGCUCUUACAUUUUCAAAAUCCGUCUUCCAGGAAUGGGAAAGAUAAUGACAAGAAACUUCUGGUAUGUACUUAACCUUUUUGUCAAAAUGCCUAAACUAUUUUGCAUUUCAUGUGCAGCUGAGACAUCUGAAAAUACCACAGGAAUCCCCUGCACAAGCAGCAGUUCUAACCCCAUAUGUCCACCCUGCUCCUGUAAACAACAGCAAAUUGUAUUUAUAUAGCAACUUGAAUGUAGUUUUACCUUGGAGAAUUAUCAAACAAAAUUUUGUCACUGAGCCACACACAAUAUUGGGAUAGUAAGUGGUAGAUUUGAAGGAGCCCCUUAUUAGGAGAGAGAAUAAAAAUAUUUAGAAAAGAAGUUACUAAAGACAAGGUUGCUAUGUUCCUUAUCACUUUAUAGGUGGAGGCAUGGUUCCUUUAAAUAUAGGUAACUUACUUUGAGUAGCAUCACAGAACAAGAGUAUACCAUUCAGCUCCUGGCAUAUUUCCCUCAAACUGUAGCUCACCUACCUAUGUACCAUAACCCUUGAGACCUAUAUCGAAAUCAGGAGUAGAAAAUCAAGUCUUUCCUAUUUCCUCAUUAUAAAUAUCCUGUUUUUCUGUUAGGUUCCAACAAAUAAAGCAAUUUUAACAAGAAGUAACGCUUUUUCAAUACAACAGCAAGUAUGAAAUAAAGGAUUCAGUCUUGACCAUGAACCCAGCACCAAGCUAUCCAAUGACAUUUAAAAUGGACACAAAUCAUCUGAAAAUGCAAAUGAGCUCUUACUCUCUUUGAACCAAGGGCAAUAAAAGCUUCCUAAAGUGGAAUAUUUCAUUUAGUUAUAUAUGUAAUUACAACUAAGUGACAGUAAACUAAUUGCUGUGAAUUGGACUUAAAAGCAAUGUCUGGGAGCAGUUUUUCAAUGUACUGAGAAGCAUCCUGAUCUGGGCUACAGAUGAGAUCAUUGCCCAAGUCUGCUUGUUUGCUGGAGCAAUGUCUUAUCCUUAAUUAUGUGCAAUUGCAGAAAACUAUGAAGUGCCUGUUUUUUUUUUUACCUUCCCCCAGCAACCUAACCAAAAUUCUUUGAAAGUAAUUGUAUUAUUUGUUUAUAAAAAUGAUUUCUUCCUUUGGUUGAUUUGCCAAAACUAGUGAUGUGGCUGUAUUGGUGCGAAGUUUGUUCUGGAGUGAAGGAUCCGUGAUGUUUGCUUUUCAAUGUGAUGGAGAUCACGUGGAUUUUUGCGUAAAGAAUCAAUAGAGAAGUAGAUUCCAGUUUCAUGGAAUUUGCCAUGCAGUAGUUUUUAAAAAGCUUCGUCUAUGACUUAAGAAUUUUAAUAUGUUGAAUCAUCGUUCAUAGAUUAACUGUUUCAACCCUAAAUUCCAACUCCCGUGGCUUGAUGACAUCAGUACAAGUCUAAUAUUGCAUUAGCUCAGGGGCAUUCAAGGCAGACAAGUUAUAGAUCCUGAUGCAGGGUCCUAACUGAAAUGUCAAGUAUCCCUUUGACUCCACAGAUGCAGCUUGACCCACUGAGUUCCUCCAGCAGUUUUUUUUUGCUCCAGUUAUAGAUCUCAUUAUUUUUAAUAUCUGUUUUUUCAUUCCAUUUGACUUCUUCACAGUUACUUUCGUAAUACUAAUGUAUUAUAGUCUAUUUCUCCUCAAGGAUUAUUUUUGUUCUGUCAAAUACCACAAUCUCUUAAGGUUAAGUUCCAAAAACCUGCUUUCCUCCCUAACUAUUUUCUGCUUUCUUUCACCGUUUCUCCAUAUGCAACAAGAUUGACUUUAGGAGGUCUCUUCUUGUUUCCAUUUCCCAUUCUUUUUCUAUCUGUCACUCACUCUAUAGAUAAGCAACACCUUGGAAAGCAAUGCAGUUCAGGCUCAUGCACCAAAGGAUUGUUAUGAGUUACGAAUACUGCACUAUGAGCAUAUAUUAAAUUUUUGGGAUUCAAUUCAGAUGUUUACAAAUGUACAGCGUAUGUUUUUGAACUGUUCAUUAGAUUGUUAACAUUUUGUAACAGAACCAGAAAGAUGUAAACAUUUAUACUUGUAGAAAUAUUUAUUUUGUAAGUUUGAUACGACUACUACAUGUUAAGAUCUUUUAUAACUCUAAAUUAAAUAUUCUUUUGAAAUAG